AUGUUGUGCUGCGGAGGUGCAGAGGAGGAGAGCAGCGGCCCCCCUGCAAACCAAUACACUGCACCACCUAGAGGGGGUAGCACAUACGGUGGAGGAAACGAUAGAGGAGAGCCUAGAGGCAGUAUGGCAAAGAGUGGUGCCCCGCAGAAAGUAUUGCCAAUUGAGAUACCCUCUAUUCCAUUGGAUGAGUUAAAUAGGUUAACAGGAAACUUUGGUACAAAGGCUUUUAUUGGCGAAGGUUCCUACGGACGGGUUUACUAUGCAAAAUUGAGUGAUGGUACUGAUGCUGCAAUUAAGAAGCUAGAUAAUAGUUCUUCCCCAGAACCUGACUCCGAUUUUGGGGCUCAGUUAUCAGUUGUUUCAAGACUGAAGCAUGACAACUUUGUGGAGUUGAUUGGAUAUUGUCUAGAGGCAGAAAACAGAAUUUUGGUUUACCAACAUGCAAGUCUUGGUUCUUUGCAUGACGUGUUACAUGGAAGGAAGGGUGUACAAGGGGCUGAACCUGGUCCGGUUUUAAAUUGGAACCAGAGAGCCAAAAUUGCAUUUGGUGCAGCAAAAGGACUUGAGUUUCUUCACGAAAAGGUUCAGCCUUCUAUUGUUCAUCGCGAUGUUAGAUCCAGCAAUGUCUUGCUGUUCAAUGACUAUGAGGCCAAGAUAGCUGAUUUCAGCUUGACAAAUCAGUCUUCUGACACGGCCGCUCGGCUACAUUCAACAAGAGUAUUGGGAACAUUUGGCUAUCAUGCUCCAGAGUAUGCCAUGACUGGGCAGAUAACCCAGAAAAGUGAUGUUUACAGUUUUGGUGUUGUGCUAUUAGAACUCUUGACUGGAAGAAAGCCAGUAGAUCACACAAUGCCUAAAGGACAACAAAGUCUUGUGACUUGGGCAACUCCAAGGCUGAGUGAGGACAAAGUGAAACAGUGUGUUGAUCCUAAGCUAAACAAUGAGUAUCCGCCGAAGGCUAUUGCUAAGUUGGCAGCAGUGGCUGCACUUUGUGUUCAGUAUGAAGCAGACUUCAGACCAAACAUGACGAUUGUUGUCAAAGCUCUCCAGCCACUUCUCAAUGCCAAACCACCUGGUCCUGAACCUCCAGCUUGA